AUGCUUACCAUUUUAUUUAUCAGUAUCUUUGUACUUUAGACUGCUUUUGGAAUUUAUUUGUUUGAAAAAUCCUGGAAAAAGACUUAACCAUUGAGAGAUAUAGAUUAGUAAUUUGAGGAAAAAUAUCCUGCUUUUAGAAGGAGAGACAGAUGGGCUCUAACAGCACUAACAAUACCUGUUAAAGUCAGAAAAGUUGAUUUUGAUUACUCAGAAUACCUUGGAUAGAAUUACAAAGAAAGCUAAAUUAUCCCUGCUCAUGGACCAUCAGCUAUAGUAGCUGGAGGUCACACUUGCUUUGCUGAUACUAUUGCAAUGAUAUCUAAGUAUGAGUGUAAUUUUGCAGCUAAACAAAGCCUCGAGCACUGGCCAUUAUUAGGGCUAAUUGUAAACAGAAUGAAGCUGAUUGAGAAAACAGGAUAAUAUACUAAAUUAGCGAUAUAUCCAGAGGGUUCUACAGCUAAUGGAGAGUUCAUUCUUCCUCUAAAAAGAGGAGCAUUCCUAUCAAAUACUUCUAUCUUACCCAUAAUUCUCAACUAUAAGAGCAACAAGAUAAGCAUCGCAAAGGACUCAAUUUAUUAGAAAUGGCUUCUCUUUUUGUCAUCAAUGGAAUUCUUUGAUGUUUCUUGUGAAAUCAUAGAGUGUCCUAUUUUCAUUCCGAAUGAUUAUCUGUAUUAAAAGCACAAGAAUUAGGGGUAAGAAAAAUGGGAGAUAUAUGCAUGGGCUAUUAGAGACAUUUACUCUAAGGCGUCAGGCAAGCAAAAAUUAGAUGUGCCUCUCAAGUAAAAACUUGAAUAUGAAAAUUUGAAAAAAGAGAUGGGUUAAAGUAAGAGAACAAAAGGUGAGUGA